AUGCAAUAUCUAGUUGGUCUCUAUUCGUUCCUCCUCUCAUAUUUUGUUUUCAUUUUUCGUUCGUUCGUUCUUUUCAUCGCCUCUACAUGUUCCUUAUUCAUCAAACGUACCUUUCUUUCUUUCUACAGAUUUCUCUAUUUCGUUUUUGUUUCGAAUUCGUCAUGUCAAUCUAUUCCUUUCUUCCUUUCUUUUUCAACGAGUCUAUUCAUCGGUCUUUUUUUUUUCAUUUUCUCUAUAUAUUUUUCCGUUCUUACUUGCAGCAUUGAUAUAUUUAUUCCUUUUUCUUUAUUUCAUUUUGUUGUUCGUCGCGUCUCCCUGAGCAGUUCUUUCUUUUGUUUUUUUUUUCUUUCGCUAUCUCUUCAUAUUUUUAUCUUUCUUUUUCUUAUGUCCUUUCUUUCUUUUAAUCACGUCACUUCCUUCCUCCCUCAGGUCCUACCUUCAGUCCUUCUUCCUUCCUAUUUGUUGCGGCUGUAUUUCUUUCUUUCUUUUUUUCUUUCUUUCUUUUUUUCUUUCUUUCUUAUUGCGUCUACCUAUCUCUCUUUUUUUCACAUUUUUUUUUGCAAAAUAUUCUUUGUUUUUUUCUUUCUAUCUAUCUAUCUAUCUAUCUAUCUAUCUAUCUAUCUAUCUAUCUAUCUAUCUCAGUCUGUUCAUUAUCUAUCUAUCUAUCUAUCUAUCUAUCUAUCUAUCUAUCUAUCUAUGAAGGACAGCUCCAGUCUCUAG